AGAACGCAAAAGCCACCACGAUUUCGAGUAGAGAGGUAGCUUCUUGUAGUUGGCUUUGAAGCAUUAGCAUUUCUCUUCAGUAACGAAAUAUGGCUCGGGGCGGUGGUCUCGGCGCGGCCGCGCGCAAUGCCAUAUUCGCCAUUUUGGCGUAUUUGGCCAAGUUGCGAACGGAAAUUUUGGACUUUCUUCGGUCGGGGCGGAUGGCCUAUUUGAUUCUGCUCGGGAUGGCGUUGAUAUUCAUUGGCUUCUUGUGUUUCAUAUCAAAUGCAAAAAUGUCUGGGUCUGGAAACUUGUGAUGCUGGGUGGCGUAUCAUGAGGAGGCCACAAGCGCUGGCUCAGCAUGGCAAGUUUCUGAGCUUCUAGGUGUUGCCUACUCUGCAUGAUAGACUGCGUUUCUGCAUGACAGAAAAGUGGGGCUCUUGGGUAACGUGCAUGACAGAUUUGAGAGUCAUGCGAGACAAGCAUGACAAAGAUGCACUCUUCCAGACCCAGACAUUUUCAUUUUUGCAUUUGAUAUUUCAUUGCCAGUUUCAACAGCGAGGACUCCCGACGUGCGGAGCCGGGAAUGAUCAACGGUUUGGUAGCGGCAUUUUCCUCCAAGCAGUUUCAAUCCGCUUCGUUUCUCUUCAUGGGCGGCAUUGCAGUGAUGGCAGUUACCAGCUUGCCCGUGAUUGAAGUGGUCUUCUGACGGGGCGAAUAAAUGUUCGCAGCGGGGCUCGGCGCGCGGACGCGGAGACGUGGGGGAUCAUGGUCGUUGGGACCUUUGUGAUUCCGAAAUUGCAGCGCACAGACACCAUACAAGCAGGAGGCGGCGGAUCAAUCUUGCCUGGUAAAACCCGACUCUCGAGCUGAACGGUGCAGGAUGGCGGUACAAGUGGUGACUGCUAGUGGCCCGGCUUCAUGUGACGAGGCAGAGUGUAACAAGCAGUACGGAGUAGAAGCCACGUACAGGAGGUGGCCGAUUGCCGCUGGGCUGGACGGGUGUUCUUGUAAAACUACGAACGAAUGAAAUGACGAAAUCAGUGGGAGGAGCGAGAAGUGGCAUGCACAGUCAAUUCGGGAUCGGUGAUGGUGAGCCCGGAGACAAUUUUCUGCUACGGGAAGGAGAUGAAACAAGAAUGAGAAUGAUUAAGUGGGACCCUGUACGAAAGAAAGAAUGCGAAUGCCGUUCUGACCAGCGAUAAAACUCGCGCUACUCUCUAUUUACAUACUAUUUUGGUUGCCGUUGUUAUCAAUCGAACGCUAGCGCUAGCAGCAACCGGCAUACUAGGGAGACAGGCCCAGGCGGCAAAGAGCUUGAAAAUUUGAUCGUUUUGUGAAACUUGAGAAAGAUUGUGAUUCGUCAUGAUAGAUAAAGUAUUGCCGCCCUGCGCUCGAGGCUGAGGCUUCAACAGAACGUUUCUGACGGACGCGAGGAUGUUGA